AUGUCUUGGCUCACAGUUCUUGACCAUCAGUUCCCAGAGUGACAGCUAAACAGGAACCCAGGCAGUGGAAGUGUGAAGAACGAUCGGAAUCCGUUGAACUUCUCGCUUUAUUUUAAAAGUAAAAUGGAAGAAUAUCAUUCAGGCGACGAGGUGUCCUUCAGUCCAGAUGAAGCGAGUAACCUUGUUAAAGAGUGUGUCGAGGGCAUCAUUGGCGGGGUUGACUAUAACCAGGGCAAAGUCGGCCAGUGGACAGCUAGCAUUGUGGAGCAGUCCCUCACCCAUCUGGUUAAGCAGGGGAAGCCCUUUAAGUACAUCGUGAACUGCGCGGUGAUGCAGAAGAGCGGGGCCGGCCUCCACACGGCCUGCUCGUGUUACUGGGACACCACCACCGACGGAAGCUGCACGGUGAGAUGGGAGAACCGCACCAUGUACUGCGUGGUCAACGUGUUCGCCGUCGGCCUGGCGAUGUAGCCUGCCGGGGGGGGGGGGGGGGGGGGGGGGGGGUCAGAGACUGGGCAACACGUGCAAAGACUCGCAGGGGAACCACCAAAGCCUUCUAAGACCUGGUGCUGGACCGCAGGACGCAGAACCUCACCCGCGCCGCCGCACAGCCAGCUCAGACGGCGAUCGCUCCUGGGGCUGCUGUUCGCUUUUCGCACCGGCUGAUCGUUUCAUUUUAUGGUUGUGUAAGGCCUCCAGGCAAACAGACGGUGUGCCACCACUGUUAUUAUCAUCAUUGUGAUGUAAAUGUCAUUUUCCUCAUUUUAGUCCUGAACACAGAGAAGUUAUACAUAUUGUUUGCGUCUGGCUGGGGGCAAUGUAAUCUAUGAUCAGGUUGAGACGUUCUUAUGAAUAAUUCUCAAGCUUUUGUCAGUUCAAAUAUUACCCACACUCACACACGUAUGUAUGUGUGUGUGUAUAAAUAUUAUAUAUACUAUACAUACUUAUUUAUAGCUAUCACUUUUAUAUAUUUUUCAAAAAAAAUGUAAUUACUAUAGUUAACCUAUUUCACCAGAACAAGUAAAUACAUGAAAUGAUGAAAUAAUGAAACCUUUCUUUUAAUUUUAAUAACCUUCAGAAUUGUUUCAUGGGUUUAUGUUGUUUUCUACCCCAUUGUGGUGCAUGUCUAAUCGAAAUGGCAUUUAUUUAGUUCCAGAAUAGGAAAAAGAUGAAUGGAUUUGAUCAAGCGGUUACUGUAGAAGGGUGUGACGGGGUACUUGCAGUCUGAAAUGCAGCAUGUUCGUGUUGGUCUGCCGAAAGUUGCCAUGUUUCAGCAUCUCCAUAGAUUUAUCCCAUCAUUCUUUGCUGAGAAUAUUUUUGAUUUGUCUACCCCUUAAAUGACAUGAAUGUUUAUGUUUUAUGUGAUGGUAGAAAGCCUGCUUUCCUGGAUUUGGCUCCAGGUACCCCCGACGUGUGCUUAAUGAGUUUAAUAUUUAUGAUAGUGGUUAUUGGGACACAUUUCUUAGACAAAUCACGCUAUUUGCAAAAGUAAUUUAAUUUGUUUUUGCAAAGAUAACGUAACCUAAACAGACGGUAUUUCCCUAAUGCAGGGUUGGAGUUGUGUUUCUUCAACCUGGCUGCCUCCCUGUAAUUAAAAAAAAGAAUACUGUCCCAAAAAAUGAACAAAACCACCUCUAGCAGCAUUUAGAUUUACAUCUCUGAUGCUACUAAAUUCAGUCUGUCAAUCACACUUUAACCUUUGUUUCUGUGUGUGACUGCACCAUCUGGGGGAGGUUGGUGUAAUUGCAAGCUAAUGUUGCAGUUUUACCAUGUUUUAACCAUAUUAUUAUCUCUUGGUCCUAAGCUGUAAAAUAAAGGGGGAAGGACUCAAAGAUUCAACACAUGCAAUCUGAAUGACCGGCUUCUUUGAAAGGUUCAGUUUUAACAUAGUUUUUUCUUGCAUUUUUUUGUUGUUGUGUUCUUCCAGCCAAUGGCUCUACUUUUCUUCAGUGUGAACUCAAGACAGUGGCCAAAUGGCCUUGGUUUUUUUGAAAGUACAAAAGUGAUUUCAGUUAUUAAUCCAUCGACCCACUUGCAGAGCAGUUACUCAGAUGUCAGAGCAGUUACUCAGAUUUUAUGGCUUGGAAGGAGUAGUGCUCUUCUUACAUGACCAGAUAUAGCCGUUAAUGUCUGAACUGUUGGACAGAGCUUUGCGUUAUGUGAAUAUAAAUACUUUGUGAGGAGAGCAGUAGCCCAGUUUUGAAAGAAAGAUUUAGUAUUCACAGCAGCCUGCCUGAAAUACUGUAUUCAGCCAAUAAUGUAUAAGAAAAGUAAUGUACUCAGCCAAUUGUUGCAUUAGAAUGAGCUCUGGACAAUGCAUUGUAAAUAAAGGAGACAAGCAUACUGUACCUUUCUUUUAGAGGCUUGCGUUUGUAGGACAUGGAAGUUCCCCAGUGUCUGCAGACAUUGGGCCUUAUGGCAUCUGCACUGUUCAGGCAUUUGCAUGCAAUGCAAAAGGGUUGCCAAAGUAGGGGGAUUUUGUCCCAAAUGCAGGCUUAAAAAAAAAAAAAAUCCAUAGUUAUGUUUCAGAGUAAAAGUAUGGCAGUCAAAUAUUGAUGGGGAAUUCUAUUUGUAAUGUGGAUUUUAGGGGAAUCGCCUAAAAUAUCUGGCAACAGUGGUUUUCAUUUCCAAGCACUGACUCUAGGCCAGUUAUAUGUCCUUUUCCCCCUCACAAUGGUUGGAUCAGCAGAUCCUGGAUCAGUCUUGGGGGAAAUGCAUGCUGUUUGCUGGAACUGAAGCAAUGCUGUAAAUAAAGAUUGGUAAAUCAU